AAGUAGAAACUCUUGCGACCAAAGCGCUAUCUGCGUCUUCCCGAAACCUCAUUGCAGCGGUACAUUCGCUGCAGAUGAUGGACCAGUUCCAGGGCGCACUGAGGCCGGACGAUGACCAGAUUAGCACCCGCCGCGAUGUACACGCUCAGGCUCCCGACGGCUCCAAGUCCGCGGUGCUGGCGCCGUUGCGGGACCCGGGCUUAAUGGACUUCUCGGCAUAUUCGGCCUCUCUAGUCGAUCGCAGAGGGGGAAAUGCGCAUUCGCAAUGGUACAUCAGCGAUUCGCAGCAAAGGUAUGUCUGUUAUCUUCGUGUUCUUGAACGAAACGGCACGACAAGAAGCGUUUGCUGAUCGCGCGAGUUUUUGCAGAUGGUCCGAUCCCGCAAGACACGCAUACGAGAGCGCCGUCGAGACCUUGCGGAACGAGCUGACGACGGACGAAUACCAGACCAUAUGGCUGCGCAACCAAACCUCCAUGCAAGACGCCCAAGAUGCCGUGGCGAAUGCGUUGAAGGAAUACCAGGCCAAGACAAAGGGCUCCAGAGUACGGACAUGGCUCGCCAGCUGCUCUUCCCGUGUCAUGUACUAUGGAGCCAUUUUUGAUACCUUCUCCCAACACCACCCAGAGUACGUCUCGCUGGCGUGGGGCACACUCAAGUUUCUCUUCAUCGUAAGUCGACCCAUCAUCGCCCGCGGUGGUGCAUGCACGCGAGCUCGGGGCUUAUUACAGCAGGCUGUGAUAAACCACGAGGAACUCCUCGUCGAAAUAUCCAAGGCGGUAUCGAGAAUCGCCGAUGUGCUGCCUCGGACUGAGCUGCACUCCGUUCUCUACCCUACCCAGCGCAUGCAGGAUGCCGUCUCCCAGCUGUACGCCAAGAUCAUAGAGUUCAUCAUGAUGGCCGUCAAGUGGUACAAAAAGGGCAAGCUGGCGCAUUCCUUCACAGCAAUCACCAAGCCAUUCAGCCUUGGCUUCAAACCCAUCAUUGAGGACAUCACCGAGCGUUCGCGGCGUAUAGAUGAAUUGGCCAGCGCGGCCUCCAAAGCAGAGCUCCGAGACCUCCAUAUCAGCAUACACGGCCUCAAUAAAACCAUUGUGCAGUUGACCGAGAUGGUUUCUUUUCAGCAGCAGCAACAGGCCCUUUAUUCCCAGUCUCUUCUCGGACUCAAGGAAGAGCACAGACAGAUGUUCACAAAUGGUCAACUCGAAGGAAUCCGAACGUCUGUAUUGCUCAAAGACACGCCGGCAGCGGAAGACAGCCUAGCCUGGUGCAGAUCCAUGAGAAACCGCCGUAGACAGAAAGCCCCAACGCAGCUCCCGGUGUCGGAGCUUUCGAAACUGAAGCACUGGGUGUCGGAUCCCUCGUCGUCUCUACUCCUUGCGGAGGGCCAAGGCGUGAGGACAAGCUCGCUCGACUUCGCGGCAGACUUCCUCGACACCGUCACCGAGCAGGGCUACCCCGUCCUCUGGGCUCUGCCGUCGACUGUCGGCAGCGUCGGCGAGGAUAAUACCGGCGGCGCUUCUGUCCAGGGGAUUCUCAGGUCGUUGAUAUCCCAGGCACUGAGCCUGAAUCCGGCCGUGUUGAGCGAGGGGGCGAAUCCGUUGACCGCAAAGCAUUUCAAAACCGCCGCGAGCAUACAGCAGUGGUUCAAGCUGUUGGAGCGCUGCGUUUCGAGUCUUGCGCGGCUUUUCAUCGUUCUAGAUAUCAGGGCCAUCCAAGCCGCUGUAGAGCACGAGGAGUCGGAGACGCAACAUUUCACAACCAGUGACUUCGUGGAGCGAGUUUCGCAGCUGGUCGCGCAGAGAAGCCACGGAGGUCUCAAGAUUGUCAUCGUGUCUUGGAGAUUCAACAUGGCUACCUCCAUGGACCCCGACGAAGUGUUUAGGGGCAUGCAGAUUUCCACCGACAGAGGCCGGAAAGUGGAAAGGCUGAUGAAGCAACCGAAGUUCCGAGCCCUGUUCAAGAGGAGACACCACAUGUUCAGCGAGAGAUUCAAGUCUUCUGUCAAUGUAGCACCAGUAGAGUGA